AUGCGAUUCUCAGCUCUUCUCUUCGCCCUUCCCUUGAUUGGAUCAGUCUUCUCUGCACCUGCUCCACUCGCCGACAACACCGCUCUCGCCCUCGAAAAGAGAGAUGUCGAUGUCGUCCAGACCGUCCAAGAGCUUCAAAGCACUGUUUCCAAAUGCAAACCCUUCGGAACUGCUCAAACCGAGGUUGAGGUCGAAGCUACCCUCGAAAUCAUCGUUGGUGCUCUUGAAAAAUGCGGUAACACUCUUGGUAUCGAUCUUUCCCUCUCUGUUGAUGUUGACGUUGUCAUCGGUGCCGUCAUUGCUCAACACGGCGACAUCAAGAAGACCGUAGCCGACAUCCUCGUGAAAGUCCUUAUUGACAUCAACGUCAUUGUCAAAUCUAUUAAGGGUGAUAUCAAGAAGAAGCCUAAAUGUGCCGCUUUGCUCGUCAGAAUCGAUAUCGUCCUCUGUUUGAUCCUCAAAGGCCUUAACACCAUCAUCGCCGGUUUGAUCUUCCUUGUCGGUACUCUCCUUAUCAGCCUCGGUAUCGUCCUUGACGGUGUUCUCGCUCUUGUCCUCAAAUUACUUAUUGGACUUCUCGGUAACCUCCUCGGUGCCCUUCUUUGUGGUUGUAUCCUUUAA